GACGACGGCAGCAAUGGCGGAUGCCUUCAGUUUUGAAACCAAAACAGUUUGCAAGUAAAACUGUGGCAAAAAUGGUAAAUUAAGUGGUAGAGUUUUGGGAACCAUCCAUGCUGCAAGCCUACUUCCACCACGUGCACUGUGGAGAGAGAGAGAGAGAGGAGGAGGAGGGAGAGAGGAGCAGUACGAAUUAUUCUCCUUCCCCGUUGCCUCUCGCAGAGGAGGUGGUGCGCACCGGCACGGCAGCCAAGCGCCGUAUUUGGAGGAGAGCGACAGGGAGGCUCUUCUCAGCGACCAUUGCCCUCCAACGUCUGUCGCAGAGCUGGUGCUUUCAACCACUGAGCAAGUUGGGUACCAAAUCCUCUUAGUUUUGCGCUGCUGGGACCUGAAAGGAGGUCCCUUUUUUGUUGGUUUCCUCUUGUCCAUCCUUCUUCAGGGCUCGAGAAUCUUCAUUUUCGCCUUCUCUCUAUGUGAUUCCAAGGGCUGGUGAGAGUCCCCCUCCCCGCAAUAAUGGCGAGGCGCCAUGGCUGGCAGCUUCCUGCACAUAACUUCCAGGUUAUUGCUAUAACAGUGUUCUUCCUUCUGGUCGUUGCAUACUAUGCCUUCUUCGCCCCUUUUCUGGGCAAAGAUAUCCUUGAAUAUGCCUUCGUUGCCGUUUACACUCCCCUGGCUUUAGCUGUUUUUAUUUUGUAUGUGCGAUGUACACGAAUUAACCCAGCUGAUCCUGGAGUUAUGUCAAAGUUUGACGAUGGAGUAGAGGAUAUCCCAGAUUUGCAAGAUGUAGAGGAUUCUUCUUCGGCAGAUCCCAAAGCAAAUUCUACAAUAGGGACACAAAGGACUUCUGGUUGCUGCGGUUCUUGUAGGGUUGUGUGUGCAUUAUUUGCUAAAGAAGAUUGUGGCAGGCACGAAGAAAUUGAACCUGGUGGAGAAGAUGCUUUGUUCUGCACCUUGUGCAAUGCUGAGGUAUGUAAAUUUAGUAAACAUUGCAGAAGCUGUGACAAAUGUGUCGAUGGGUUUGAUCACCAUUGCCGGUGGCUUAACAAUUGUGUGGGGAGGAAAAAUUAUAAUAGCUUCAUUGCUCUCAUGGCUACUGGUCUCAUUUGGCUUGCAAUUGAAUGUGGAGUAGGCAUCACUGUACUUGUCUUGUGCUUUGUUGAUAAGAAGGGCAUGGAGACCAUCAUCAAGGAAAAGCUCGGAAAUGGGUUCUCACGUGCUCCUUUUGCCGUUGUUGUGGCCAUUUGUACUGCAGUUUCAUUACUGGCAUGUGUACCUCUGGGAGAACUGUUCUUUUUCCAUAUGAUUUUGAUAAAGAAGGGAAUUACUACCUAUGAAUAUGUCGUCGCAAUGAGAGCAAUGAGCGAGGCACCAGGAAAUGAAGAGGAACCAAAUCCUGUUUACUCCCCUACUAAUUCAGCAACAACUGGAUUAAGCAUUGGAAGCUCUCUUAACCUUCCAUACAAAGGCAUAUGGUGCACACCUCCUCGGGUAUUUGUCGAUCGACAGGAUGAGGUUAUCUCUCAUUUGGAACCUGGCAUGGUGCCCUCCACUAUUGAUCCCGAUGCAGCUGGGUUUGUAGAAAGAGCUAACAAGUCGAAGAAAAAUGUUAAGAUUAGUGCUUGGAAGCUCGCAAAAUUGGACUCUAAUGAAGCAAUGAGAGCUGCAGCCAAAGCCAGGGCAUCGUCCUCAGUCCUGCGUCCAAUAGAUCCUCAUCGCGUGCUUGAUGCUGAAUAUAGUUCGAGCGGAAAGGCAAGCGUGCGGAGCAGCUUGAGUGUCGACUGCAGUGUGACCAGAGAAUCCAGGAGCGACGCAAAACAAUCCCCUCUGAGAAACUCUAGCUUGCAAAGUGUGGCCAGCAGGGAAGAUUUUGAGACCAGUACACAAAGUGGCAGCAGCCUAGGCAGUCCUAUUCGAGUUUACGAGUCGGCUGCUCCUGACAUACCAAAUUUUCAACAGCCACUUCCCGGCCGACCAGCUCAGAUUGCUCCAAGGAUUCCUCCAUCUACCCAACUCACGAAUCCAAUGUUCCAAUCUGCUCCUUUGGCUGCUAGGGAUCACAAGAGAACAUGCGUAGUUUGGGAUCAAGAUGCCGGCAGGUUUGUCUCAGUGCCCGCAUCAGCAGUAAGCCUGGGUGUCGACGUCCAUGCUAGAACCUCUAGGAUUCCCAUGGCAAAUCGUUUUGCAGAAACUAGUACUUUCGACAGUAGGCCUGCUCCUUCUUUGCAGCAUGAGAGAUUGAACUACUAUGAACGAUCUAUCUUUUUCGGUGGACCUCUUAUAAAUGUUCCUGGUAGAGACACCGUGAGGAAUGAAAACAGUUCAGGCACUAAGAGGUAACAAAUGCAAGUAAUUGAAGUAAGAGGGCACUAACAGAAGAACUCUAGAUCUAACAUCAAGUGUUCAACUUUCAGUCUACUUCGACAUCAAUUCAUUUGUAUUCUGAAACAGUUGGGUUAUCGGAGAUCUGAGAUUCACAACCACUUCCAUUCCAAAGAAUGUUCAAGUUGGCAUCUGAACAGUGAUUCUCUUUACUCAAUUGAGUCAAUUCAACUCAUGUCAAUACGAACUAUUCUAUAGACUUCAUGGAACUGCAUUGCACAAGAACAUCUCUUAUUCAUUCAA